CUCAUGCACGAUACAUCGAGGAAAAUACUCAUUUUCGAAGUAAUUAUUAGUCAACAAUAACGAAGGAUAGUGAAUCUUAGGGCUCAUUAGUGACAAAUAUCUGGUGAAUCAACUCCACGUGACAAGGUUAAGGACUAUUCGUUUGGACCCCAAUGCGGAAGAGUCUGCAUGCAGAGUCGUACGUGCUUCUCUGGGUCUAUCUGGGAGAAGUUUCUUAUUCCUACCAAUUCAUCCAUCAAGGGUUUUCCUCUCGAGAAAUUAAAACGUCUGGUCGCUGUAUUUGUGAUGGUCAGAGAGACUAAGAUAUUAUCAGCAAAGAGAAAAUGAUGUCAGGAGUGGGAUACGAGACAAGAUGGCGUCUGUUCUCCUUGGCUCUCGUGUUGCAUAUUCACCUCCACUCGCUGUGUGUGUCCGCCAGCAGUUAUCGUCUGAACCCCGAUGGACGAAAUGUUUGUUCCACAACCCGACGAAUACAAGAGUUCCAGUUCUUACCGGAGCUGUCACACUCGUCAUACCAGAAUGAACCGGUGGGUGACUACGACUCCGCUGAGGAAGAUAAACUUAGAGAAGGAGGUAUAAGGGGGGCCCCCACCAGGAACUCCCACUUGGUGAUUGGAAAACAAUAUGCACGACUAAUCAAUCAGACUGUAUAUCACUGCUGUGAGGGUUGGCGAUCAAAUGGUAGAGAUUGUCCCAUAGCUGUGUGUAGUCAAGGAUGCCAGCAUGGAAACUGUACGGCGCCGGGUAUGUGUUCCUGUGAACCAGGGUUUAUGGGUAUACGUUGUGAGCUCCCGUGCCCUCGUGGACGAUAUGGACCAUUCUGUGAGCAACAAUGCAACUGUGGGCAGAGAGAAUGUGACCCCGCAAUGGGUAGAUGUACACCUGCUUGCCCAUCGGGACACAUGGGCCCCAACUGUGUCAUGCCCUGCCCUCCCGGUCGCUUUGGACCUGACUGUGUUGACUUUUGCCAGUGUCCAUUCUCCGUGAUCGGUGAAAUCCUGUGUGACUCUAUGACAGGAAACUGUACUGAACCGACCCUGCCACCAACGACUCGGAAAGUCUACGAUUCGACGAUGCUGGAAAGUACGGAUACCUUUCAUGAGUUCUUCCAGUAUGACACAGAGAGUCCAUCCAUAAUAAACCCUGAGCGGAAGAACUCGUUACAGGUCAAGGCAAUGCGUCUUGGUAUUUCCGGUGCUGUAAGCGUCCUCCUGAUGAUCAUAUCCUUGAUACUCGCCAUCUACGUUUACCGGAAAUUCAGGAACCGACCAUGUAUUUGUCUGCAGAGGAAAAAGAUACGAGCAGCGAUGUUGAAACAGCAAAGAGAGAGGGAUGAAGGAAGAGGAGACCAUUCAAAUCAUGUAGCACCAACUCCUCGGGCCCACUUUCCCAAUCCGCACUUACCUCACGCCUUGCCUUACCGACUUCCCAGUCUCUGCAACUACACUGGUCUACGGCAAACUGGGAACCUACCAGGCAGCGUGCUCUUCGACCCUCUACCCGGAGUCACAGAAUCAAUCACCAAUGUUACAUCAGUAGAUGUUGCUCCUGUAACAAUGCAUCGAAUGCCCGAAGAGACCAUCUAUGAAGUACGACCCUCGCUCGUCGCGAAGAGUCGCAGGAACCAGGAUAUGACCAGUGGCUACAUCGAAAAUGACACGUUGAGUUCGAUGUCAAGAGUCGUCCAGGGUUGCGAGAUAGAGAUGGAUAGUGCCAACAGUAGUGCCAUGUACCACCGUGACCUGGAUGAUGAAGAACCUUAUGAUGAGGAGGAAUAUGAUUAUCCGUAUGCUGAUAAUGCCAAGAUACAAAUGGGUUUGGAUCGUUUUCAGACGAAGAGAUCGCGACCUGGUGCGCAUGAACACGACAACUCGAUUUAUGCUGUGGUUCUAGAAAACGAAAAACCGAUGAACAGUCAGCAUGAUGGGGAUUAUGAACGCGAGAACCAUCGCAGUCGUGAGAGUGAUAUCUUAGCAGACGCAGGUAAUCAUGGAAGAACCCACACUGAUCCAUUUCCUCUUCCAUCCCAUCUUGCGAAUCCACCUUCUGAUGGUACUUACACAGCUUUGAUUGCAGGAACACGAUCACCUUGGACGGAAUCCUCAUUCCCAGAAAGAACUCCUGGUAGUGGGUGUUCUACCGCACCGGCUACUAUUGCCUUAGCAAGAAAACCGUCAAUGGGAGUUGCUCCUUCGGUAAGACCAAGGGCGUCACCGGUUGUGAAACCUAUUGGUAACGCUACCUCAAUACGUCCCCGGGGUAUGAGUGACAUACCUCGUAACUCAUAUGCCACAGAGAACAAAUUCGUGUCAUCUCGUCCUAAAAAAAUUAUUAGUCAGGUGGAUUCUAAUGGCUAUACGACUGCAAUUCGAGCAUUUUCUUCAAUGCGACAGCCGCGACGCCCAGCGACGAAACGAAAAUCUAGACCUUCUAUUGAAUUACGACAAACACCAAGUCCUAUGAUACCUCCUAGGUUAAGCGAAUCGGACAUCCCACCGCUGUCGCCCGAUCCAACAGCCGAUCAUAGCAUGAAAACUCAGCUACUUCAAGCUGUUUCGUCCAAUCCGAGAUAUGUCAACGGGUGUAUUAUAUCUCCCAAACAAAAACCAAAGGAAAGAACUAGAUCAAGAACUCCUGCUAUGCUUCGAAGAGCAAAAAACGUACUCCCUCUACCAACUAUAAAGGUAGACGAAGAGAGUGAGAAACUGUAUGACGAUAUUUUACCGUUUGGAGAUUAAGAAAGUAAUGUCUAUGUACAUUUGCUGACCAAUUAGAACAUAUUCAAAGAUCUCAGCGGAUAUUUUAUGAACAAUGAUCGCUAUAAAGUCCCAAGUUACGAAGACAAAUUGUAAUUUGAGUAAUUAAUGUUGUUAGAACGUAUGGAAUAUAAUUUCAACAUUCAUAUUUUCUACUCUUGGUAGGCCAUAGUGCACCAUGUUGUGUUCAUAGAAAUAAAAGAGCACGGUGGAUUUCACUUGAAACUGAAAGGUAGACAUAAAACUAUAAUACAUUUUCUCGAUUCUUUAUUGAUGCAUACGAAAAUAUUUAUUAUGUUUAUAUAAUUAAUCCAGCUUGGUACAUCGAAAACUUCGUAGUCUGACAUCACAUGGUCUUCUUGUUUUGCCUAGACAAGAAAAAGGCCGUGAUAAAAACGAUACGUAAUUCUGAUAGAAUACCAUUUGACUACCAGACUUUAUGUUAGCUUACAUUAGCUUAUGUAACUAUGCACCAUUGCCUCACUAUAAUGUAUUUGUCUAUUGACAUAUCAACCAAAUGUAACAUUUGUAUGGUAUUUUUAAAGCUUCAUUGCUUAUACAGUUAUUAUCUGUCUAUUUAAUUUAUUCAUGGAUGAAAAAGUGCCUGUGUAAAAACAUGUAUAUGUAGAAGAAAUACAAAAUACCUGAAUAUAGGUUAAUAUUACAACUCAAAA